UAUACGGCUGAGCCGCCGCCGGGCCGGGGGCGAGGUCGCCGCCUGGCCCGGGGGAGCUGUCGGGGCUGCGGAAUGAAGUGGAAGUCCACUGAACUCUCUUGUGCCCUACUGAGACGAAAUGAUGUUCAUGUUUGUGGUGGCUGGAAGUCAUGGCAGCACCUAACAUGGGAGGGAAGCACAUGACUGGACAAUGUGGCGUGACUCAUUCAAACUGCAGCUCUUCUGCCUGCUUAUGGCAGUACUGGCUGUUGUGGUGCUGGUCCAUAAUUUUUUUCAGUUAGAGAACUUAGAUGAUGACACAAUUUCAGGAUCAAACUGGAUAACAGAAAACAACGACCAACACUCUCUGUCCCAGACAACCAAAACUACCAGGAAGCCUUACUGUGGUUAUAAGCAGCAGACUUUGUCCAAAAGAGAACAAGCUGAAGAGGAAUCAUUGCUUGCUGCAAUACAGUGGCCAACCCCCCCUGACAGCAAAAUAGCCUUUCUGCAGAGCACUGAUCCCUCACAUAGUGACUUUGUAAUUGUGAAGCCCAGCGGGUUCUUCAGGGUGGGUGAUCAGUUAGAGGUACUUGUUCAUCUGAAGGAUUUCCAAGGAAAACCCAAGCAGUAUGGUGGAGACUACCUGCAGGCACGAAUUCACUCUCCUCUGCUGAAAGCUGGAGCAACAGGAAGGAUUGUAGAUUGCCAUAAUGGCCUUUAUAAAGUGUUCUUUACCUUGCUUUGGCCAGGAGAAGUCAAAGUUUCUGUGUCGCUUGUCCACCCGAGUGAAGCAAUUCAGGUCCUCCUGCGUUUACGAGAAGAAAGGCCGGACAGAGUCUACUUCAAAAGCUCAUUCAAAUCUGGGAGGUAUUCAGAAACUACUGAGUGCAAUGUCUGCUUGCCUGGAGAUCUCCCAGUCUGCAACUUCACAGAUCUCUAUACUGGUGAGCCAUGGUUCUGUUACAAACCUCGGAAACUGUCCUGUGCCAGCCGAAUCAGCCAUGCCAAGGGUGGAUAUCAAAAAGGUCUUCUGACACAAGAGGAAAGCCUCUUUUUCCAAAGCGAUGUCAAUAUUAAGAGGCCAAUACUCUCCAGGGGACCUGAUUCAGUGAUUGUAAAGCCCCAGGCCUUUACAGAGAAUUUUUCUCUUCUAGAUUCCAGCAUCAUGGACAGAGCUGAAGAUCCCACAGUUUCCCCUUCUGGCUACUAUUAUGAAGAUGAGUGGAGGUCCAGAACACACUGGAUCCAUCACUUUAACAACUCGGAUGACAUAACUAAGUGCUUACAAGGAAAAGUAAUCCACUUGUUUGGAGACUCUACAAUAAGGCAGUGGUUUGAAUAUCUGACAGCAUUUGUUCCAGAUCUAGUGGAAUUUAACCUGGGGAGUCCCAAGAACGUUGGACCUUUCAUGUCAGUGGACUUGAAGCACAACAUCCUGCUGAAGUUCCGCUGCCACGGGCCGCCCAUUCGCUUCUCCACGGUCUUCAGCAGUGAGCUGCGCUACAUUGCCAACGAACUGAACGGCAUAGUGGGUGGGAGGAACACAGUGAUAGCCAUAACUAUCUGGUCCCACUUCAGCACUUUCCCUGUGGAAGUGUACAUCCGCCGGCUGAGGAACAUCCGGCGAGCGAUCGUCCAACUGCUGGAUCGCAGCCCCAAGACUUUAAUCGUCAUCAGAACCGCCAACGUGCAGGAGCUCGGGCCGGAAGUGAGCCUCUUUAACAGUGACUGGUACUCCUUUCAGCUGGAUUCUGUCAUGAGGAAGAUGUUCUCAGGAAUUGCUGUGCACUUUGUGGACGCUUGGGAGAUGUCGCUGGCUCAUUACUUGCCACACAACUUGCACCCAAAAGAAGUCAUCGUUAAGAAUCAGAUAGAUGCGUUCUUAUCUUACGUCUGCCCUCUGCAAAUCUAGCACAAGUGGGUAUCCCUCUGUCAUCAUCUGCUAUAGCUGAAGUAAAAUUGCUCCUUGGGGCUACCCAAAUAUACAGGAUGCAGUAGAAGAACUCUGGUUAGCGUACUUGCAAGGGUGGCUCUUUGUUUGAGCUGUGAAGUUAUGCAGAGUGCAACCGAAGUACUCUAGUUACUGUAUUUGCCAGGGUGGCCUUAACUCUGGGUUAGCUGUGAAAGAUGGUCAAGAGGACUUGACUGUUCAGGCUGUAUCUUCCUGCAAGGUUGAUUCCUUUCAACCUCAUCAUUCGUAUCUGAGAUUAUUAAAGAGCACUUUAAAUCGACAGGAUUCAGUAAGAAAUGAUGUGGGUUAUUAGCUUUACUAGUUGUCUGCACUGGAUGCUUCAGUUUAUCCAUAGGGCACUGAUUGUGUUGCUGCUUACAGCUGUAUGAGAAACCUGGAAAAGAUUUCUGGGGAGAAUUUUUUUUCUCUCAGGAUUUCAGAGUUUGAGCAGCAUCCCCUACAGCUGUUCCAUAUUUGGAGGGGCAUCAUGGGCUAAAAUCAAAGACACCCUACAGCUGUAUGUCAGAGAAUCAGAGUGUCUGUUCUUGUUUCAAAGUCCUAAUUAGAGAGAUGGAGUGCACCAAAAUCACUGUUGUCAAUCAAGGAAGCACAAUCAGAAUAUCUGUAAUAUUAAAUCAUCAGGAAUUGGCUGAAAUUUAAUGGAGCCACACUAGUUAGGCACCCUUAGUGUUUACAGAUAGCUGCUAAAAAAUGCAACUAGCCAGGAUUUUAGUUUGGUUUCCUGUACUACUGAAUCUCUUCUGAGCAUUAAUACACUGUCCACUUCUUGAGUUACCUGUAAUGGAGAAAUGUGUAUAUUAUGACCUUGGUGAAGACACUGUCUCAGGCAGUCUCUGCAAGUUCAAGUUGCAGGCUGGCCUACUUGAAGCUUGAAGUAUUUGCUAAUUUAAAGUGUUUCCCUUCCCUGUAAGAUAAAGCUAUUCCGUUACGCUCCUGCAAAGCUGGGCCUCUGAGCAUCACUUUGGUACGUCAUUCAUCCAUUGUGUCACUGUGGAGAAGACAAGUGACCUGAAUGUGUUUGAAGCUUCAUAGAAUCAUAGAAUGGUUUGGGUUGGAAUGGCCCUUAAACAUCACACUAUCACCAAGGUUGGAAGAGACCUCAAAGAUCACCAAGUCCAACCUGUAAGAUCAUCUUGUUCUAACACUCCCUGACAUGGGCUGAGACACCUCCCACUAGACCAGGUUACUUUACUGAGUAAACAAGUUAAAAUGGUAGUGGAGUGCUUCUGAAGCAGCUUAUGCUUAAGGAGAGCAGCAAACUCAAACUGGAACAUGGGAAUUUCCACCUCAACAUGAGGAGAAAAGUCUUUGCUGUGAAGGUUCUGGACCAGUGGGAUAGGCUGUCUGGAAAGGCUGAGGAGUCUUCUCCUCUAGAGACUUACCAAACCUGCCUGGAUGCAUUCCUGUGUGACCUGCUCUAGGUGAUCCUGCUUUGGCAGAGGCUUGAUCUCCAGAAGUCCCUUCCAACCCCUGCCAUUCAACUGUUAAGGAUUUUUCAGUGUCCCAUCUUCUGCCAGCCAGUAGCUGCGCAAGAAGCUGGGAGGGAGCGUGGCCAGGGUACUGCCCAGAACUAGCCAGGCGGAGAGUUGUUAGCCCUUGGAAUGUGCUGCCCAGGGAGGUGGUGGACUCACCAUCCCUGGACGUGUUCCAAGAAGGGAUUGGACGUGGCACUUGGUGCCAUGCUUUAGUAGUCCUAAGGUCUUGGGUGACAGGUUGGACUUGAUGAUCUUUGAGGUCUCUUCCAACCUUACUGAUUCUAUGAUUCCAUACUGUGAGACAUACUGAGCAGUAUGCAAACUGGGGAAGCAAGGAGGGAGUGCCUGUGUGUGGACUGCUGCUUGGGGCAUCAGUGAGCAGGUGGUGAGCAAUUGCAUU